CCACAGCCCCCACAAGUGGUGUCUCACCUCCAUUGCAAUAUAUAUUUUUGAAUCGAUAUAUCAUUUAAACAGAGAUUUUAAAUAUGGUGUUAAAGAUGUCGGAAUCAGCCAAGCCCUACUUUGCAAUGAUAUGCCUCCAAUUCGGAUACGCUGGCAUGAACCUCGUGACCAAGGUUGUGCUCGACCGCGGCAUGAGCCAUUUCGUCCUUGUGGCUUAUCGCAAUGCCUUUGCCACGGCCGCUAUCGCACCUUUCGCCCUCCUCUCCGAGAGGAAAGUGAGGCCGAAGAUGACGUUCACAAUAUUCAUGCAAAUAUUUGUACUAGGUCUUCUUGGACCUGUGAUCGAUCAGAACCUAUAUUAUGCUGGUCUUAAACUCACUUCACCAACUUUUGCCGGCGCCGUCACCAACAUCAUGCCCGCUUUGACCUUUAUCAUUUCCAUAAUUUGCAGGAUGGAGAAGGUGGACAUGAGAAAAGUAAGAUUCCAAGCAAAAGUGGUGGGGACAUUAGUGAUAGUUGUUGGAGCCAUGUUGAUGAUUUUAAUCAAAGGCCCUUUUAUCAACCUUCUCCGGUCUCACCUCAUCGGUGAUGCUUCGUUGUCGGUCGGGGAGGACUACCUCAAGGUCACCGUCUUCCUCCUCAUCGCCUCGUUUUCUUGGGCUUCCUUCUUUGUUCUUCAGGCGGCUACGUUGAAGAGAUACUCAUCUCACGGUUCUUUAUCGACGAUGGUGUGCUUCAUGGGAACGUUACAGUCCACAGCCCUAACGUUUGUGAUUGAACCAAACCUUUAUGCAUGGAACAUUGGCUUUGACAUGAACCUUCUUGCCUCUGUUUACGCGGGUAUAAUGUCGUCUAGCAUAGCGUACUACGUUCAAGGGAUGAUGACGAAGCAAAAAAGCGUUGUCUUUGUCACUGCUUUUAACCCUCUUUCUGUCAUAAUCGGAUCCAUCACUGGCUUACUUAUCCUCGGCCAAAGAUUAUACCUUGGCGGGGUUCUUGGAAUGGCGAUAAUAAUGGUGGGAGUCUGUGCGGUUCUGUGGGGAAAGGAAGGGGAUGAAGAAGAGAAUAGUGAAGAGAAGUUUGUAGUAGUUGUCAAAUGUUGUAAAGGCUUCAGAAACAAUAGUCUCUCGAUGCCAAGAAUUAAUGAGGUAGAUGUUGAAAUGCAAUCUACUGGGAAAGCUAAGAUGGUGGUGGGUUUGUCGUAGUCUUGUAGGUAGAAAAAUGUUCACGAGCUUUAAUUAGAUAUUUUAAGUCUUCUUUUCUUUUGUUCGAUAGAGGAGCAACUUUUUCUUUGUACUAUAUAUCAUGCUCGAAUCUUUUGCUUUUAGGCUUUAUAAUCUUCUUAUUUAGCAGGGAAAUAAUGAUUAUAUGUAUGUUUC